AUGUCAAAAAAAAAGCAAAUAAGUUCUACCGACACCUACAUUGAGCGUAUUAAUGGAAAAAUUAAAUCAGUUAAACCGUCCUAUGAUCCAAUUACUCCAAGAUCGAAUGAUAAUUUGGAAAAAUGGAAGGAAAAUUGGAAAAAUUACAAUCUAGAAUUGCACGCUAAGAUGUUCCAAGAAAAAAUCAAUUUGAACUGGAUUGAAUUUUGUAGCAGAUUUUAUUUAUGUGAAUCGUUGUAUGAUUCAAUCAAAGGAAAGCAAUUCUCUUCUCCUAAAGAGAAAAGAAGUAUACUCGAAAAAUUAAGAUGCUCAAACAUUACAAUUAAUUAUUUUCAGGAAGCUGAUCCUCAAGAUAUUGAGAAAUUAACUAGUUGUUUAAUGGAAAAAGAUAACCAAUGUAUCACCAGAAAUUAUCGGCUAAUCGAUCAUAAUAAAUCAAGAUAUUUAACUGCAACGUUCUUAUCGAAAAAUAUUUCUGAUAUUCAGGGAAGUCGUACAAAAUUUUAA